GUUUUAGUCAUUGUAUUCUAAACGUUCGCGGCGGCAAGUUAUGCGCUUUAUAGCAGCACUCUCUUAUUUGAUUUAGUAACGGUGGAGCAGCAGUAGAGUGUGGAAUCAGUGAAAAAAAAAGAAAUCUAAUUUCUAGAUAGCAUUUUAAAGUAAUAGUGUUUUCAACUUUCAAAUAUUUUUUUUAAGUGUAAGGCAAAAUGUCGAAUGCUAUACCGCAAUCAACGGAAAAUGGAAAUGGUUUACAAUCCCGCGCACCUCUGAAAGUGGCUAUUAUUGGCGGUGGUUUGGUCGGCUCAUUAGCAGCACUCAGUUUCGCACGACGCGGCCACGAGGUGCAUUUAUAUGAAUACCGUGAGGAUAUACGCACCGCGGAGCUGGUACAAGGCCGUAGCAUUAACCUGGCAUUGUCGCAACGUGGUCGCAAGGCAUUGGCCGAGGUAGGGCUGGAGCAGGAGGUGCUCGCAACAGCGAUACCGAUGCGUGGACGCAUGCUGCACGAUAUCAAAGGCAAUCGCACGGUGGUGCUGUAUGAUCCCUGCACAAAUCAGUGUCUCUACUCGGUGGGGCGAAAGUAUUUGAACGAAGUGCUAUUGAAUGCUGGUGAAAAAUUUCCUAAUAUUCAACGCCAUUUCGAACAUAAGCUGCAUUAUGUGAAUUUGACGCAGGGACGCAUGGAAUUUAAGCGCGCUCCCAACAAAGAAAUAGUGGAAGCCAAUGCCGACUUGGUUGUAGGCUGUGAUGGCGCCUUCAGCACAAUGCGUCAGCAAAUGGUCAAAACGCCUGGCGUCAAUUAUUCGCAAGAGUACAUCGAACAUGGCUAUUUAGAGCUUUGCAUACCAGCGAAGAACGGCGAGUUCCAAAUGCCUGAGAAUUACUUGCAUAUCUGGCCACGUGAUGCUUUCAUGAUGAUUGCGCUGCCCAAUCAAGAUAAAUCCUUCACAGUUACGCUGUCGAUGCCAUUCAAGGUGUUCGACACCAUACGCACCACCGAAGAAUUACUAAGUUUCUUCCACAAAUACUAUGCCGAUGCAGUGCCACUAAUCGGCGAGGAGCGGCUGGUUAAGGAUUUCUUUAAAAUGCCACCACAACAUUUGGUCUCCGUGAAGUGCCAUCCCUACCAUUACGGCGCCAAGGCGCUCAUUCUCGGCGACGCUGCACACGCUAUGGUGCCCUACUACGGACAAGGUUUGAAUGCCGGUAUGGAAGAUUGCACUUUUCUCAUGUCGCUCUUCGAUCAGCCCCAUCUAAGUACCGCCGAAAUAUUGGAGCAAUUCACCGAGCUGCGUUGGCGCGAUGCGCAUGCCAUUUGCGACCUGGCCAUGUACAAUUACGUUGAGAUGCGCGAUUUGACCAAACGCAUUAGCUUCCGCUGCCGCAAAUGGCUUGACACGCAGCUAUUCCGCUGGUUCCCCAGCGUGUGGGUGCCACUCUACAACAGCGUUUCGUUCACCAGCAUGCCGUAUAGCAAGUGCAUUGCUAAUCGCAAAUGGCAGGAUAAGCUGCUGAGUAAUGUGUUCAUUUCUGCUUCAGUGGCGUUUGUGGCUAUAGGCGUUUCAACCUAUUUUGGCGUUUUUAAAAUCAGUUACUUUUAAUUUAUGCUGUUCCUAGUUUUAAUAUAAGAAUAACACGCUGCUUCUUAACAUACGAAGGUAUUA